AUGUCCUGCUUCCUUCUCUACCUGGCGGUGCUUGGCCUUCAGACAGGUGCUGCCGCAACGGACUGGACUUUUACCAGGUCUGGAGAGAUGGACAUCACCAACUGUCCCAUCACAUACUUUGGACAAAAGUACCACAAAUUAUAUGUGGCGUUCAACGACAGCCGCUUCGCACUAUGCUUCAACGGCGCCUACGAAGACGGCGCCCAAAACGACUGCAUCGUGAUGUCGGGAGGGACGGCGGACAGAGGCAACUGGUCCGUACUCGCACACGAGAUACCAGCAGGGUCCGGGGUCCAUAAGAUGUUGCCGGAACUGAAGCAUGCCGGGAAGUGUGUCAACGUGAUACCUUUGAAAGAUCAUCAAUAUUCUGAGAUUCAACAAGUGGAACUGGGCAACUUCGGAGCACAAUCCAUUCUGGCUAUCAGGACUUAUCCCGGAUACACAGACGCGGAUCUUGUGGCGUAUGCGCAGGUAAAAGGCCAAACAGUUUCCAAGCACGUGUUUCAAGCCAACGAGACGAGCGUGGGCGUCAUCACAGACAUGAGCGGAUGCCGACUCUCAGGUUCUGUUUACAUGAUCAAUACCACCAUUAGCGACCCAGACGUCUGCGCUACCGUCACGUGCGACGUGAACGGCCUCGCCACUGCGGUCAGCGAAUGUGCACCGAUGCACCACUGCCAAGGCAACGGCAGCUGCGCCUUUGACGCCAUGUGCACUUUGACCGCCUCCACGGUCAUCGAUUUUGUCGGCCGGGUUCACACUGUGACUGACCGAUGCGGAUACACUCUGAUGAAGUCUGGGGCCGUCCCAAACGUCCGGAUCCAGGGCGUAUUCAAGGAGCGGCGCCGCAAGGACGUCAGCUUCUUGGACCAUGUGAUCGUGCACCUGGACAAGCAAGAUGUUAAGAUGGAGUUACUACAAGGUGGCCGAGUGGAGAUAAAUGACAUUUCCCAAGCCCUCGACACCACAGUUACAGUUGUCCACGGAGUGGAACUUACCAAGGAUCAGAGCGGAGUGACUGCUAAAAUAUCGCAGUCCAACUACACAGUUACAGUCUUCUUUGAUGGCAACACGGUGCAGAUCCACCUGAAGGGUGAAAGUGCAGCUGCCGUGCAUGGAUUAUGUGGAAAUUCCUCCGUGGAUUUGAGUGAGGAGAGAGUCUCAGAGCACAGCAUUGCUGGGUGUGAGACACAACAUGAAGAAGCUAAGGAUGGAACGAUCAACUGCAACGCAUCAACUGAAUGGUGUCAACUCAUGUGGCAGGAUCCGUUCACUCGGUGCCACAUGCAAAUCGACCCUGAGCCCUUCGUUUUGGCCUGCAUCAGCAAUUUGUGCCAGUCCCCCGCAGUGGAUGGCCUCAAAUGCCACCUGAUGGAGGCCUAUGCCAGAGCCUGUCACCAGCAAAACAACAUCACAGUGGAGGACUGGAGGUCGACGGCUGGAUGCGGUAAGGAGAUUACAAUAGAAGGUUCUUGCCAACCAAAUCCAGCAAUAACCGAUAUCCAAUUUUUGAGAAAGCUAGCUGGAGUUAAAACUCAUACAAGAGUAACCGGGACUACACGCUGUCCUAGUACGACUACUAAUGUAAGACUCUACGAGUACUACUAUUAUAAGCGUGGGGAAUUGGCGAGGGAAAAAACACAUUCAAUCAAUCAAUCAAUGUUUAUUUAUAUAGCUCUAAAUCACAAGUGUCCCAAAGGGCUGCACAAGCCACAACGACAUCCUCGGUUCAGAUCUCACAUCAGGGCAAGGAAAAACUCAACCCAGUGGGAUGACAAUGAGAAACCUUGGAGAGGACCGCAGAUGUGGGCGACUCCCCCGCCCCCUCUAUCCAUUUAUCAUCUCAGUCUCAUUUAUUCUGAAACUUCACUUUUUUUAAGAGGUUGCAAAAUCUUGGCAACCUCCUUCGGUAUUUGUGUUACAGCUGCCGGUCCUGAGGCCAUGUGCCGGGACAAGUUCUGCAGCGAUCACGAGUUCUGCGGCGUGAGCUAUGACGGAAAAGCUCAUUGUCUUUGCCGGGCUCUUCUUGCCUCAGACUACAGAUCCAAAGACAAGUUUGGUGAGCCGGCAGUUUGCAGCCACACAUCUGCUUCGGUGACCAUGUACUGUUGCCUUCUGUUGGAGAAGGGCAUCGACUACCCAAGGCUACACCUCAACGACGAGAGCUGCAAAGGUGACAUUGACGAUAAGACCCACAUGGUGUCGUUUAACUUUGAUAGGGACCACACAUGUGGAGCAAUCAUCAAGGCAAACUCGAGCAAAAUAACCUACAAAAAUGUCAUCAUGACACCCAACAUCUCCAGUGUAGUGACACGUUACAGUAACGUGCAGAUGGAUUUCUCCUGCCAUUUUGACCAACCGGACCCAGAGGGCCUGGCCAUCAAAAUCAAAGACAGCCCGGUGAUUAAACACCUCACUUCGGGCGAGUGGGAUUACACCCUGACCCUGACUGCGUACACCGAUCCCGGAAGAACACAACCCAUAGAGUCGAGUACCGGAGUUCUGCUCAAUGAGAAAAUCUGGGUGGAGAUCAAGGCGUAUGGAUUGGAGGGAAACACCCUCUCUAUAGUGACCGAAUCCUGCUGGGCUACAGAUCAAUUGUCUUCAAAUGGGAGCAUUCGUUACGAUCUCAUCACUGCAGGAUGUCCUAAUCCUGCCGACUCGACGGUGGACAUUGAAGGCAACGGGCAGGGAACGUCCAACUACUUCUCCUUCAACAUGUUCAGAUUCUUGGGCAAAGACAGCGAAAUCUUCCUGCACUGCAGAGUAGACCUGUGUGUGCAACAGGCAGACUCAUGCAUCCAGGUGUGCGACCAGGCAGCAAGGAGGCGCAGAUCUCUCCCGACCAUCGAUGCCAAAGGAGAUCCAUCCAUAGUUACCAUGGCUUGGGCAUAAUCAGGCAAAGUCACACCCCCAUCAACUUCAUCCUCCUCUCGCUGGCAAUCUCUGAUUUCCCUGCGAGCUUCCUGCUGUUCUGCUAGAGUUUCUCUAACUGCUACGUUGCAAUUUGCGACCCUCUGCGCUACUCCACCAAAGUCACCCCUCAAAGGACCUGGUUGUGCGUUUGUUUGUUUGUGCUGGCUGUGCUCCCUCAAUUUUCUCACGUUGAUGCUUCGGGACAAACUCUUGCAAGAGGACAUAAGCAUUUUAUUACAGCAUAUUAUUUCCAGGCUAUUAUUUCUGGGCCACAUAAAAUAAUGUGGCGGGCCAGAUUUGGCCCCGGGCCUUGAGUUGGAUACCUGUGGCUUAGAGUUUUUAAAAACCCCAAAUUUUGAGAUUUUCAAUUUGGGGUUUUCAUUAACUGUAAGCCAUAAUCAUCAAAAUGAUAUCAAAAGAAGGCUCGAAAUAUCUUGAGUUGCAUGUUAUGAGCCUAUGUCAUUUAUUAGUUUCACCUUGUAAAACUAAUGGCUAGAAUAAACAAAU